AAAAUCACUCGCAAAGUGUGCAGCCCACAUCCGCGGUUUAAAAUGCUAACCGCUCCUUCACCUUUCCAUUGCAACUUGUAAUUUGUAGAGUAGAAUUCCAGCGGUAGGAAAAAUCUUUACUUCAAUUUCCCGUGGUGGCAGGAAUAUGUUUGCAGAGCGCUGGCAGGGCUUGGAAUGUGGUGAAAUCCUUCACGGUGGAUCAAAACUGCUGACUGCCAGCAAUACAUGUAUGACUUCUGAACCAACUCUGCCUUGCAAACGAAGGAAGCUUCUGAAUAACGCCAUUAUUGUGUUUCCUGGUGAGCCAGAAGCAGAUGAACUGCCUUCAUCUACAGUCAGCGGAAGUCCUUCAAAGACUCAAAUCUUGUUCGGAAAUAAUUUGGUUGCUACAGAUCCUAUUACUGCUGCACACAAGUAUGAAAGAGAUCUAGUUGGUUCUGAUGCUCUUGCAAAUUCACAGGGCCUUGAUAGCGGUCCUGGUUUAGACAUUAAAUUAUCUAUGAGUUUUGACCAUGAUUCUGAAUCACAGUUGAUACGCUCUGACAAAACGAGCAGAUCUGAUGGUUUGCGUUUACUGGAAGGCAAGACGGGGGAUUGUUUUGGUGUUACUAAUAAGACUGAAGUUAAUAAACCCUAUGGUGAUAUUAAAGGAGUAGAGGAGGGAAAGGAAGACCGCUCUAUAAGAGAUCUCUGCAUUUCUGUUCUCAAUAGCCAAAGGUUGCCUGUCAACGACUGGUCUAGUACAAGUAGUCCUUUCACACAACUUCCAGAAGUUUGUAAUGAUGGGCCUUUUACCCAAACUUGUAAACAGUGUGGUAAUUCUGAAAGUACACUGGAAAUGUUACUUUGUGAUCAUUGUGAAGAGGCAUAUCAUAUAGUUUGUUUGAACCCUAGGUUAAAGAAGUUGCCAACUGAUGAGUGGUUUUGCCAUCACUGUUCAAAUAUGAAUUCGAAAGUUCUCCAAGAAACUUCCUCUCUUAAAUCACCUGUUCCAAGUUGGAGGAGAGCAACUGCUAAAUUUGAAAUGGGUCCAAUAGCAAUCAUGUUGAAAUAUCCUGAGCCAUACGUGUCCCAUGUCAGAAUUGGCAAACCAUUUCAAGCAGAAGUUCCUGAGUGGUCUGGUCACGUUCCCAAAGUAUUCUGUGAUGGUUAUAUAGGAGCCAAGUUCUGGUGCUAUGGUAAAUAUCCAGACAGCUUCUACUUGAUCUUGCUAUACUCGCUCUUUGAUGGUUAUUUCUUUGGUGAACCAUUGGAAUUGGAUCCAGCAGAAACUGUUGCUUCAAAUGUCCGCUGGUGGUUUCCCAAGUCCAAUUCCUUGAGCAAUUGGCUCCAAUGUCGAGAAGUCCAUUAUGAUGAUGCAAGAAAUUGUGUUGGCGGAACUGUAUGUGGGAAAUGGCGCAGGGCACCACUUUCUGAAGUCCAAACUGAUAACUGGGACUGUUCUUCUGCUGUUGUUUGGGACCCAGCUCAUGCUGAUUGUGCUGUUCCUCAGGAGUUGGAAACAGAACAAGUUCUAAUACAUUUGAAGUACAUAGAACAGCUGAGAUCUCACUUUGGUGCUAAAAGGAGAAAGACUUGAGUAUCACUAUUACAAAUUUAGGGUGCAGUGGUCGUUUUUCAAAUCUGAGGUGAGUGUUCAUAAACUACAAGUGAUUGAUAUCUCAAAGUUUCAAUUUAUAAGAAUUCCUUUUUGUCUUCGUGGAAGACCGGCUUAGAUCUUUAUGCAGGCAAAAGGUUUAGUAAUUCCACAGGAUGAACUUGUUUCAUUGUAGUUAUACAAUAUAUACAACAGUUGCCAGAUGGAGCUGCUGUUGUAAUUGUU